UUAAAUUUUAAAACUUAACUUUAUAGUUGAUUUUUACUUUUUUAUCGUAAUUUAUCUGUUACAUUAGUCUUUAAUAAGUCGUUUAAGAACACAUGUAUAAGUUUUACCCACAAAUUAUUAUUUUUCGCUGAUAAACGUUAUGUCAAUAUUAUAAUCAGUUGUAUACUUGUAUUCCAUCUCAACCCAAUCCUCCGUAUGAUUUAAACGUCUCCACUCAAGUGUCAAAGUGCAUUAAUCUUCCAUUUGAAAAAAAAACCCAUUAAUCUUAAACAAAUAUAGACUUUCAGUUCUCUUUUUUUUUACUUUUCUACACAAAUUCUGAAAUAGACUUGAAAAGAGACAUGAAAGCAUGAAGAAGACAUUGAGAAAGUUCUCUCUCUUUUUUCCUUUCUUUCAACAAUUCAACACAACACACUACCCUGUCUUUUUUUUUGUGCCUUUUCUUUCCCUCUGAUUUGGCUGCAUCUGCAUGCUGCUGCAAGAGAAGCGGGGAGUGUCCUGUGUGCGGUCUCCUCCUCACUCCCCCGCUUAAUCCUCUCUUCCUUCCAUCCAAACUUGCCACCUAUGGCGCCCUUAAAAAACACUCAUCCAAUUCACACCACACUUUCUUCUGAACAAACAAGAUCAAUCGAUACCCAAUGGAGAUGGAUGGCUGCUUGCUGUCACCAGAGGACACCCCUUGAUUAACAACACUCCAUCUCCCUCAGAGAAGAAGAAAUUCUGAAUUUUGAACAAGCAUAUAUAUAUAUAUAUAUUUGCAGAGAAAGAGAGAAGAGAUAGCUGCAUUGCAUGAGCUGAAGGGAAGAAUGGCGCUGUUUGAUCGGAAUCAGAAGCAGCGGUCGUCGCUGUGCUCGACGGCGACCGUCGUCGUGUUCGUGGCGCUCUGCCUCGUCGGCCUCUGGAUGAUCUCCUCGCCGGAGACCAUCCCGGCGGCGGCGGCCAACGUCAGCAAGAAGCCCGACGUCGUCGCCGUCAAGGAGGAGGACAGCUCGCUCGACGCCACCAACAAUGUCAAACAGAACAGCGCCAACGUCGUCGCCGAGACCGCCGCCGCCGACGAGGCCGCCGCCGCAGACGAGGACGACAACCCCGCGAAGCCGGCCGCCGGCGAGAAGGCGGCGGCGGCGGCGGCGUCGUCCAAGGACCAGACGUUCGACGACGAGAACGGCAGGACGGAGGGCGGCGCGCUCGUCAAGCCGGAGAGCGGCGGCGGCGACGAGGCGGCCUCCGACGUGAAGGAGAUCGGCAGCCUCGAGCAGGCGGCGAUCGACAUGAAGGACACCACCGAGCACUCGGUGGGUGACACCACCAAGGAGCCAGGCGUCGUCCAGGACAAGAGCUCCGAGGAGAUCACGAUGGCGGCGAGCGACGCGAGGGAGAGCAGCGAUGGCGGCGGCGGCGGCGGCGCGGCCAAGAACAAGCAGACGUUCGACGACGAGAACGGCAAGCUCGACGGCGUCAACCUGGUGAAGGACGUCGAGAACAAGACGAUGUCGGAGGAGGGCGCCAAGCCAUUGCCGGAGGAGACGACGACCGUGAGCAGCAAGAACUCGAUCGUCGCGGCGGCCGCCAUGUCCGACGAGAAGCUCACCGACAACAAUGGCGAGCAAGCGCAGCCGGUGGAGGCGCUGCCGAACGGGCAGGCCGAGCUGCUGACGGAGCGCGCGGCGCAGAAUGGGUCGUUCACGACGCAGGCGGCGGAGUCGAUCAAGGAGAAGAAGAAGCGCGCCGAGAAGAAGAAAAAGAAGAAGAAGAAGGUGAAGGCGGCGUCGGUGGCGGCGGCGGCGGAGGAGGAGGGCGGCGGCGGCGGCGCGGCGUCGUUGGGCUGGAGGCUCUGCAACACGAGCGCCGGCGCCGACUACAUCCCGUGCCUGGACAACGAGGCCGCCAUCAAGAAGCUCAAGACGACCGCGCACUACGAGCACCGCGAGCGCCACUGCCCCGCCUCGCCGCCGACGUGCCUCGUCCCGUCGCCGGAGGGGUACCGGGACCCGAUCCGGUGGCCGCGGAGCCGCGACAAGAUCUGGUACCACAACGUGCCGCACUCGGAGCUCGCGGCGUACAAGGGGCACCAGAACUGGGUGAAGGUCUCCGGCGAGUACCUCACCUUCCCCGGCGGCGGCACGCAGUUCAAGCACGGCGCGCUCCACUACAUCGAGCUGAUCCAGUCGUCGUUCCCGGAGGUGGCGUGGGGGCGGCGCAGCCGCGUCGCGCUCGACGUGGGAUGCGGCGUGGCGAGCUUCGGCGGUUACCUGUUCGACCACGACGUGCUGACCAUGUCCCUGGCGCCCAAGGACGAGCACGAGGCGCAGGUGCAGUUCGCGCUGGAGCGCGGCAUCCCGGCGAUCUCCGCCGUCAUGGGGACGCGGCGGCUGCCGUUCCCGAGCAACGUGUUCGACGCGGUGCACUGCGCGCGGUGCCGGGUGCCGUGGCACAUCGAGGGCGGGAUGCUGCUGCUGGAGCUCAACCGGCUGCUCCGGCCCGGCGGGUUCUUCGUCUGGUCGGCCACGCCGGUGUACCAGGAGCUGCCGGAGGACGUCGAGAUCUGGGGAGAGAUGGUGAAGCUGACGAAGGCGAUGUGCUGGGAGAUGGUGUCGAAGACGAGCGACACGGUGGACCAGGUGGGGCUCGUCACGUUCCGGAAGCCGGCGGACAACGCGUGCUAUAUGAAGCGCCGCCAGAAGGAGCCGCCGCUCUGCGAGCCCUCCGACGACCCCAAUGCUGCUUGGAACAUAACUUUGCGGGCGUGCAUGCACUGGGUGCCUACGGACCCAUCGGUGCGGGGGUCGUGGUGGCCGGAGCGGUGGCCGGAGAGGAUGGAGAAGACGCCCUACUGGCUGAACAGCAGCCAGGUCGGGGUGUACGGCAAGCCGGCGCCGGAGGACUUCGUGGCGGACCAGGAGCACUGGCGGAAGGUGGUCCGGAACUCGUACCUCACCGGCAUGGGCAUCGACUGGAAGACGGUGAGGAACGUCAUGGACAUGAGAGCCGUCUACGGAGGGUUCGCGGCGGCGCUGCGGGACAUGAGCGUGUGGGUGAUGAACGUGGUGACGAUCAACUCGCCGGACACGCUGCCGGUGAUCUACGAGAGGGGGCUGUUCGGCAUCUACCAUGACUGGUGUGAGUCAUUCAGCACCUACCCGAGAUCCUACGACCUCCUCCAUGCCGACCAUCUCUUCUCCAAGCUCAAAUCCAGGUGCGAGGUGUUGCCGGUGAUCGUGGAGGUGGACCGGAUCCUCCGGCCGAACGGGAAGCUCAUCGUGAGGGACGACAAGGAGACGGUGGACGAGAUCAAGGGGGUGGUGAGGUCGCUGCAAUGGGAGGUCAGGAUGACCGUCUCCAAGAACAGGGAAGCGAUGCUCUGCGCGAGGAAGACGACGUGGCGGCCCACGGAAGCCGAGGCAAGAUGACCUCGCCGUCACCGGCCGGCGAUCCAUGUAGUAGAGUCUUUUGGUCGGUUGAUCCGGUGGUAGCUGCAAUACUUAGCACGUACAGGGUGAUCUACACUACACUGGGUGCUGCAGCAUUGCAAUAACUGAGCUAGAUAUUACUGGAGCUUGUAGCUUUUUUUUUGGGGGGGUUUUGUUCUUCAGAUUUUUUUUUAUAGUUUUAUACUGAAGAACCUGUGACUUGGGGGGGACUUGAUAGUACAUAGAGAUUUGAAUGACACAAUAGCACACAUCUGAGGAGAUACAUUAUGUGAAAA